ACCAGCGCACCCACUGCGACUGCGAACCUCUUUGUCUGAAUAGUCUGAAUGCGCGGGCUUAUUGCAUACUAUACUCUCUAACUCCAGACCCAUAACAGUACCGCUUCUCGCUUCACCAUGGCGAGAACCAAGAAACAUGCGCGAGCGGAUCCCCAAUCGUCUCAGUCUCAGCCGCGGCUUCGUACCAGGCGACAGAGGGGACCGAAAGUCAUGGCAGCGCAAGUAAAAAAGGAGGCCGACGACACUACUGCGCCAGAUGAUGUGCGAUAUAUGAGAACGCAACCAAAGGCCCAGGCACCUAUCGAAAACUCCCGAGCCAAGUCCUUCCCUAGUCAGACGUCCAAAGUCAUUGACUUGACGCUGAGCGACGAGCACGACGAUGUGUUCUCCGCAUAUUCAUCGAGGUCAGAAGCUCUCCAGGGUCAGGCAGAAGAGCAGCGCCACCCAAAGUACGCUUUACAGAGCAAGACGAUCGGAAAACCUGGCGGACGUUCUCUAGGCCAAUUCGGCGACGUGCAGGGUACUGAAAUCAAAGUUCCUGAUAUGAGCCAAGGUGAUGAACGAUGGACCCUUCCUUCAAAGCCCCUACUAUCUGCAGAUAUCCUUGCCAGGUGCCAACACAGUGAAGAGGCCCGGGAGAAUAGAGAAAAGGCGGAACAAAAGAGGGAGAGGAAGAGGAAGGAGUCGGCCAUCAACGCCCAGCGCGCACAUGCAUCCGUCAUGUUCACCCUUCCAGGGGCAGUAGCCUUUCUCUGGCAACCCCAGCUUGUGAUCACCUACGAUCUUCCGACUGGUGCCUAUGUACCGUAUCCCGUUCAUAGGUCAUACCACUUGGGCGGUAUGGGUCGGUACGAGGAUACUCGUGUUGCUAUGCAUACAAGUCUUCCCCAUCGUCCUUCCGACUCUGCCAGACGCGACCCUCGUGCGGACGACCUUAGGUCAGAAUACACGGAGGCUCACGGUCGCCGUGCUUGAUCUCAGGACAACAACACGGGCUGGUCGAUUAUAACGAGUAGGAUUUGGGUCUUUUUGAUUGAAUUUUCACCAAGGCCGCAAUGCGGGCAUAAACAUACUCAACCACGGAUAUCAUGACUGUCUCGGAUCUGAACACGAUAUGAC